AUGAAUUAUGAUACUGAUGAUGAAUGGUUUCUUACUUGUUUGUAUUGCUCUUCUUAUGACAAUGAAAGACAGGUUCAAUGGAGAUUUAUUAAUGAAAUUGGUGAAAACAUGAACCUUCCUUGGGUCACUAUAAGGGAUUUAAAUUCUACUUUAUAUAGCAAUGAAAGACAGAGCUAUGCUAUACACCCAACCCAGUCACACCAUAUCAUCAUCAAUACGAUCACUGAUUUGGGCCUAAUAGACAUACCUUACACAGGUUGUCCUUUUACAUGGUCAAAUCAAAGAGAUCAUAUUCAACAAGUAAGAACCAGAUUAGACAGAGCUCUUUGCCUACCUUCUUGGAUGACUAUCUUUCCCAAUGUUAUCCUAAACAACCUCAUUCCAUGUGGCUCUGAUCAUGCUCCCAUACUUCUAAAUACCAACUCACAAAAUGAAAAUCUCAACAAGCCAUUCAGAUUCUAUGAGCAUUGGCUUUCAAACAGAACUUGCAAAGAAGAGAUUAAAAAAAGUUGGAAAUGCAACAAGAGAGGAAGUGAAGCUUUCAAAUUCACAAAUAGACUAAGGGAAGCAAAGAGAGGUUUGAAAGAUUGGAGAGUCAAGGAGUAUGGGGACACUGACAAGAAGAUCAAGGAUACUCAAAUUCAACUCCAACAAAUCAUUAGUCAGCCUCAAGUUAACAUGUCUGAACACAACAGAUGCCAACAACAACUGAAAAAACUCUAUGAAAUUAAAUACAGAACUGCUUUUCAACAGUCAAGAGAGAAUUUUAUAAAUUAUCAAGAUAAAAACUCAAAAAUAUUUCAUGCCCAAGCCAACUACAGAAGAAGAUGCAAUCAAAUUCAUUCUAUACAAGAUGCCAAUGGAGAAUGGAAGAACACAAGAGAAGAAAUUUCAAAAAUUCUGCUUGAUCACUUUCAAAAAAUUGCUACUACCUCCAACCCUGAAGAAAAUGAAGAAAUUAUGAGCCUCAUUACACCCUGCAUCUCAGAAGAAGAAAACAUCAAGCUCAUAGAAAUCCUAAACUCUCAAGAAAUCAAAAAGAAUGUUUUCCAGAUAAAAUCUUGGCCAACACCAGGGCCAGAUGGAUUCCAAGCUGGGUUCUAUCAACAAAAUUGGGAGAUUGUAGUAAAUGAUGUUAUCAAGAUGGUGCAGGAAUUCUUCAGACAUGCUUAUGUUCCUGGAAGAAAUAUUAUGGACAACACUAUCAGUGCUCAUGAAAGUGUGCAUCAUAUGAAGAAUACAAGAGCUAUACAUGGUGUUGUUGCUAUGGUAGAUCAAUGCAUCUCAAUUGCUACCAUAUCUAUAUUUCUUAAUGGUUAUCCAAUUGAAACAAUGAUUCCUACAAGAGGUCUAAGACAGGGAGAUAGUUUAUCACCUUAUAUCUUCAUCCUUUGCAUGGAAAAUUUCAGUAGAAUGAUACAAGCUGAAGUGGAGAAAAAUAACAUAUGUCCAAUAUAUCCAGCUAGAAAUGGCCCUCCAGUUUCACACUUGUUCUUUGCAUAUGACUACAUCUUAUUCUCUACUGCUAAAAGAUCUUCUAUAGAUAAUCUUCAAAAAGUCAUUCACAGCUUCUGCAAGGUUUCUGUACAAAUGGUAAACAUCAGUAAAUCAAGCUUACACUUCAGCAAGAGACUCAGUGAAGAAGCCAAUAAGUAUGUUUGCAAUACUAUGGGAAUGAACAUCAUGCCUUUAGAUGAGAAAAGCACUCAAAUAAAAUCCGUUACAAAUUCAACGACACAAUUUCAGAUGGGUUGUUUUAUCCUUCCUCAACAAACAAUAAACCAGCUAGAAGCCACUCAAAUAAGAUAUUGGUGGAACCAAAAUAAGGGUAAGGACAUUUAUUUCAUUUCUUGGAGUGAUGUCUCAAUUCCUAAAAGAUGGGGUGGCCUGGGUUUUAAAAAUCUAAAGUACUUCAAUGAAGCUUUGAUCACUAAAUUGGCUUGGAGGCUUGUCCAAGAGAAAGGGAAGAACUGGACUCUAAUUCUAGAAGCUAGAUACUUCAAACAAGAAAAUAUCCUUCAAGAUGAUCUCACUGAUAAAGGCACUGAAAUAUGGAAGAGUAUAACUAAAGGUAUUGAAUGGGUCAAAAGGUUUCAUAUUUGGUUAAUUGGAGAUGGUAAAACUGUAUAUGCUUUUAGAGAUAAUUGGAUACAAGGCUAUUCAGCUCAGCAGCUUCAAGAAAAUUUUAGAGAAAAUGAAGUUAUUCCAUAUCAUAUGAAAGUUACAGACUUUAUAGACAAUAAUACAAGAAGCUGGAAUAUGAAUAUUCUGCAAAUUUUUAUUUCACUCAAGACAUAA